AUGAACUUCCUGUGGAUUUCGUGGGGCUCCUUGCUCACGAUCAUCUUGCCCUUCUUUUCAUCCGUUGCGUGUGCAAGGGAUUCUCCAAACAUUCCAAAAUCAACGUAUACUUUCAAUCAGCUCUGGGAGCUGGAAAAGAUCUUCUGGGAUUCGUUUCUAUACCCUGCCAACGUGAACCAGACACAGGGUAACGAGUCAUCGAUAUUCGACACAAAUGUCCAAGGCCGUGUCGACAUCACCCGUACCUUCGACGGCGACGAACUAAACCGUGAAUAUAUCUUCGGUCUCUUCUCAGACCCGACACACGUGAGUCUCGUGGGUGUUCCAAUCGCCUACAACAUCACUCAGUUCGCAGCCAACGAUAAUAUUGCAUCUGCGACAACCGUGGUCACUUUCAACGCGACGACCUUUGGCAUCGUCAUCCCGGUCACCAUCGACACCUGGAUCGAGUGGAACGCGGAUGGCAAGAUCAUCCAGUAUGACGCCGUCUUCCGAUGGUUCGAGUACUUGGUGGACUAUUUGAUCAGCGGUGUAGCGACAAAGAUCAACGCUACCUCUUCUGACCAGGCCGUCGCUUAUGUAUCCGACUUGUUGGCCACGACUAUCUGUGCCACGCACGAGCAGUAUUGUACCGGCUCAAACCAGCAAUAUACAGAUACGGCCGCUUGUUAUGACUUUUUGACCAAGGAUGUGCGAUUCGGGAAAAGUUACGAGCUCGGUAGAAAUACGUUGCUGUGCCGGGAGGUUCAUGAGCAUAUGGUGCAUUACCGACCUGAUAUUCAUUGUCCUCAUAUUGGACCCACCGGCGGGGGAUACUGUGUCGACGAUAUGACUUAUCCGCAGACUGUUUUGCAGAAGUAUUUUAAUGACUCGUGGAUUCCCUAUGGAUAUGGAGAGGAGCAGGAUAUAUGGCUAGGUAGCUGA